AUGAGCGUCGCUGGUGCUCCAUCAACAGGCGACUGCACUGGUGUCAAGGGCAUCAGCCCAAAAUGUAACAGCCAGGAAUCUGCGUACCAGCGAGACUUCUUCUACAUCGGUGGUGGCUAUGUCGAUUCUGGUAUCCCGGGCCAGCAGAUGUGGAGUGACCAGCUCUAUGUCGAGAAAUUGACCCCGGCCCGAAAGGUCAACAAACCUUACCCAAUGGUUUUCGUCUCUGCGGGUGUCAACACAGGCGCAGAAUGGCUAAACACGCCAGACAAUCGCAAGGGUUGGGCUUCUUACUACCUUGACCAAGGCUACCAGGUCUACAUUGUUGAUAUUGCUGCCAAUGGUCGAAGUGGCCAGCAGCUUCUCUCCAAGUACCCUCUUCGCCUGGGUUCCACAGACAUCAUCAAUGAGCAGGGCUUUACAGCUCCGGAAGACUUCAACCAGUACCCACAGGCAACCUUACAUACACAAUGGCCCGGCAACGGAUCUCGAGGAGACCCGGCGUUUGACGCUUUCACCGCCGCCAACGUUCCCAUCUCUUCAUCUAACGUAAACGUGGAGAACACUAUGCGCACGUCUGGAUGCCAACUUCUCAGCAUGAUUGGACAGUCAUACACAGUCUGCCACUCUGCCGGCUGCACUUAUACAGCUAUCUGGUCAGAUGCAUGCCCUGAUUUGCUUCGUGCCAACAUCAAUAUUGAGCCCGGCAACAUCCCCUUUACCUCUUUGAUUGGGAACAACACCGUUACUGGGGUUGGUCGCACCGCUGCUCGGCCGUGUGGUCUCACAUACACACCAUUGCAAUUCGACCCACCGGUAACAGAUUGCUCAACCAUUACCACCGCUGAGGUUGGACCCGACUCCCCCGCCAAGCGCUCUUGCAUCCUCCAGACUGGUACCAUCCACAAACUCACCCAGGUCGGCAAAGUGCCGUAUAUCAUGAUCACAGGCGAGGCCAGCCCGCAUAUCACGUAUGACCACUGCUUUGUCGAGUACUUCAAGCAAAUGGGCAUCACCAACUACCAGUGGGUCAAGCUUGCCGAUAUUGGCAUCAAGGGCAAUGCGCACUUCAUGUUCCUGGAGAAAAACAACCAGGAUAUCGCUGCGGCAAUCAAUUACGGUCUCACCAAAAUGAACCAAGGCCCGGCUGCUCCAGGUCAUCCAGCACUCCCUAUCUCUACGAAGUGA